AUGGCUGAUAUAGGAGGAGGUAGUCAGCUACCCUCUUAUAUGGAAUCUAUAAAUGAGGAGGGAAAUAAAAAUCACGUGUUUCCGUUCUGUUUCGGAACGCAGAUCAUUUUUCCUGACCCGAAAAUGGAGCAGGAUUAUAAAUACCUCGGUUGGAAGGAUUUUGGUGUUGACUAUUUGGAGAAUAAUUGUGACAAAGUCAGAAAAGUACGCUUCGCUUCAUGGUUCAGCUAUACAAUUAACGCAAAUAGCGGGCGAUAUGGUUCUAUGAGCGACACGUUUCAAAUUUAUAAGCUGGCUUGCGAGAAAGCUUUACGUCGCUCUGCCAAAUCUAGUAGCAUUCUACGAGAUGCUUAUGAAGGAUUUUCUAAGGUUCCCGACAUUUGGGCCCUGAUGGUCGUUCGUGGUGUAAACAAGCAGAGAACGCAAUAUAUAUCAACAGUAGAGGCUAUGGAAUCAAUGGUUUCUCUUAAAUUCGUAAGCCCAACAGAGGAGAAUCCUGUCUUUUCAAACAAGAAAAAAAUUGGGAAACGAUUGAAUGAUUUAUUCCAAGAUGAGACGUCCCGUUCAUUGCUAUUAUAUGAGUUGAGGAACCUCUUUGAAUCCUUUGAUGCCAGCAAUAUUGAAUGGAACGAUCCACUCAGCUUUGGUUGCAUUGUUGAUCGAAAUUCAGACAUAAUUUUUGGAAAGUUGCCAGAAGACUUGAAUAAAAGAGAAAUGAUAGUUUCACUCCCACCUAUACCAGCGGAUUUCCAAGGAAAUGAUGAGGAAUUUGAAGCUAUAUGCUGCUACUUUAACGAUGAAAACAAGGCUGAAUACACUGAGGGGACAUAUAUCGUCCGCAUAGUAUCCAACUUUCUUGAUCCACUGUUUUGUUAUGAAAAUACCAAACUUAAAAUUAUCUGGGCUGAAGAAGUCUCGGAGGCAUCUCAACGUCGGAUGGUUGAUUCUGGAGAAAUCAGAGUUGGACACAAACCCGAUUUUCGUGUGAAGUCUCCACUGAUUGCUGGUAAAGUGGAAAUCUGUCUUAUGGAGGCAUCACGUGUUCUCCCGACCAAUAAAAAGAUUCGUGAUGAUUGGGAUAAGUUGAUCAAGCUUAUGAAAGAUGCUCAUAUGCGAUUACUGAAGACCCUGAAAAUUCGUCUCAACCAAACCCUUGACCCCACUGUAAACCUUAGUGGAACCCAUUUCGAUUGUUAG